CCGUCGUGCGCCGGUGUCGCCCGGCUGAGCGCGCGCCGAGUCCGUGUCACCGGUGUGAGUGUCAGGUGUCACGGUGGUGGCGGCGGUGAGCCCCGUGACGGGCGCGGAGCGAGAGGAUCGGCGGACAGGGUGUGAGCCACCGGAAGCGGAGGAGCUCGGCUGUAACGACUCGGGAACGAGGCCUACUGCGACGCUCCUCCCUGCUUGGCUCCCAACUCAAACAGCUCCAGAUACAAUGUAAAAACCUCAAGUCGGACAACGAUGGAUUGAGAGACGCGAUGGACACCGAGCUGGAGCGACCGCUGGUGAUCCGGACACAGGCUGCUGAGCGACUGCGGGAGACCCAGCUGCUAAAGAAGAAGAACCAAGAGCUGACCAACAUGACGCGCAAGUUGGAGGAGAAGGUGAAGACACUGGAGAAGAAAUCAAAAGAGGUGACUCAGCAGCACCAGGAGCGUUCCCGCGCGCGGAUCGUGCGCCAGCUGCCGCAGACACGAGCGGUGCCGCUGGAGAGCGAGGCGCGCGUGGGCCCGCAGCAGAAGAUAGUCUCCUCCCCGCAGAAGACCGUCAGUGGGCAGCAGAAGAUAGUCAGUGCGCAGAAGAAAACCGUCAGCUGGCAGCUGCGAACUGUAGGGGCGGACGAGCGGACUGUGAACGCACCGCAGCGGGCGGUGAGCGCUUCGCAGCGGACGGUGAGCGCUUCGCAGCGGACGGUGAGCGCUCCGCAGCGGGCGGUAAGCGCCAGUGAGCGGGCGGUGAGUGCGGGCGAGAGGAGCAGCGAACGGAGCGCAGUGCGCGAGCGCGCCGGCCUGCAGCAGCGCACCACGCUCACGGCUAAGCAGCGCGAGCGUGAGUCCGAGUACCAGCGCCAGAUCAAGGAGCGCGACGGCGAGAUCAAGCGGCUCAAGGAGAGGAUGAAGGUCAUCAGCGACAAACUCUCCAAGAAAAACGAAAUUCAGAUUCUGAAGGAAAAGGGGAAGAAGGAGUUGGUCAGCAUUAUCCAUCAGCUGCAGAAAGAAAAGGCAAAGCUGGAGCUCCAGAUGAACACACUUUCCGAGGAGCAGCGCAGCCAACGCGAGUCCGAUGUGGAGCGGUUCCAGUCACUGGAAGAGGAGAACGGCACGCUCCUGUCACAGUUGAAUGAGCUCAACAAACUAGUCCAGGACCAUAAGGAGAUUCAGGAGCAGUUUGAGGAGAAGAUCGAGGAGUGUGAACAGUUAGCUGAGAGCCUCCACAUCAAGAAUGAGCUGUGUGAUGAUCUGGAGAAGCAGCUGACCCGUGUGAUAGAGAAGAACACAGAGCUGACUAUUCAGAACAGUGAUCUUCAGCGACAAAUACAUGAGUUAGAUAGCAUAAGCUCGCAAUGUGCUUCGCUAAAAGAAAGCUUGGACAACGUUGGAACUGAAUAUGAGUCUGCUAAAUUUGAAGUUGAAAGUCUGAGGGAAAAGGUUUCAACCCUGGAGUCCGUACUAAAGCAAAUGCGCGAUGCUGCUGAGCGCAAAAAAGAGCUCGAAAAGCAGCACCAAGAGGCGCAGCAGCAGCUUCGCCAGAAGCAAGAAGAGAUCCAGAAGCUCACCAAGGUCUCAGAGAGCGAGAAACAAGCGUCCAUGGACACGAUCCAGACGCUAGAGAGCAAGAUUCGGGAGCUGGAAAAGAAAGCCGAGGUACAAAGCUUACGGCACGAGGAGCUCAUGCUCGAAAUGUCCUCACUGAAGAAGCAGAGCAAAUAUAAACUCUCGCAGAAUGGUAGCCCUGAGGGCACAAUAACGCCAGACUCGAUGCUGCUGUCCACCGAGAGCACGGCGCGCUCCACCCCCAUCGGCACAGCUGUCACGCCGGCCAGCCUGGAGGCGCUGCCCGAGGGCGACGAGACCACCUUCUGGUCACAGCGGAGCACAGACAUCCAGUUGCCGGUGCGGGCCUAUGUGGGCCAGACGGCCGCCAGCUUAGAGAUGGAAAAAGUCAGAGCACAAAUCGAGAGUGGCACCAAAUUCUUGGCCGAAUUAGACAGCCGAUACGCCCUAGGGCUAGCCAACUCGCAAGCCGGUAAGGGCCCGCCGCCGCCGCAGCCGGUGUACGUGAACUCGGGACUGGCGCCGAUACCGGCCGGCUACGCACCGCUGGCGGCCGACCCGCGCCUGGUCGCCGCCGUGCCGGCCGGACUCUACCACGACGAUAAGGCCGGCCUGAUGAACGGCACGGUGCCCGGUCUGCUUCCGGCGAACCUGGCGCAGCAGCUGAGCGGCGGACAGCAGCCGGGCGUCGUGGACGUGCUGGACAUCCCGGGCAAGGGCAAGUGUCAGGUCUUCAUCGCCAGGUACUCUUACGAUCCGUUCCAACACUCGCCGAACGAGGCGCCCGAGAGCGAGCUGCGCCUGAACGCUGGCGACUACGUGCUGGUAUGGGGCGACAUGGACGAGGAUGGCUUCCUGGACGGCGAGACGCUGGACGGCCGGCGUGGCCUGGUGCCCUCCAACUUCGUCCAGAAGCUGGUGGGCGACGACCUGCUCGAGUUCCACCGCCAGGUGGUGGCCGGCCUGCUAGACUGCGACCAGACGUCCAUCUCCACCUCCGUGCCGCACGACCUCGACUUCAACUCGGCGGACGAGGCAUUCCUGAACAGCCUGGCUCACUUGCGCUACAAUGAGCACGGGGCUCGGAUAAGGCGCAAAAUGCCGGAGUUGCAGCGCGUGCAGUCGUGCAGGCCUCACGAGUAUGGCGGCCGCCGCGGCCCGGACGAGUACCCGCCGCCGCCGCAGUACGGCGGCUACCGGUAUGAGGGUUCGGUAUUCAGCGACGACGAUGAAGAGGAGCACCCAGCCGGCACCGGUCAGAGCACAGAGCUCUUCUUCUCGGUGCUAGUGCCGCCGCCGCGCCAGCUCACGCUCGAGCGCCAGCUGAACAAGUCGAUUGUGAUUGGCUGGACGGCGCCGGAGGGCCCGCCCGGCGCCGUCGACUGCUACCACGUGUACGUGGACGGUCUGCUGCGCACCACGGUCAGGGCAACGGAGCGCACGUGCGCCCUCGUCGAGGGCGUCGACUCGACGCGGCCACACCGGAUCAGCGUGCGCUCCGUGACGCCUAACCGGCGCACUUCCCGUGACGCCGCCUGCACCAUGCUGAUCGGCAAGGACGUGCCACUGGCGCCGACCACCGUGCGCGCCACACACGUCACGUCCACGUCCGCCGUCAUCUCGUGGAUGCCGAGCAAUAGCAACCACCAGCACACGGUGUGCGUCAACAGCGUGGAAGUGCGCACCGUCAAGCCAGGCGUGUACCGGCACACCAUCACAGGCAUAUCUCCCAACACCACCUAUCGGGCGAGCGUGAAGGUGAAGAACAUCACCGCGCCGCAAUUCUCCGGUCGAAAUUCGAAGCACCAGGAGCGCCUGGCCACCCACAUCGAGUUCAGAACUCUUCCCAAAGGCGUGCCCGACCCGCCGGUGGACGUGCAGUGCGAGCUGGGGCCGCAGGAGGGCAGCUUACUCGUCACCUGGCUCCCGGUCACCAUCAACUCCACCUCCGGCACCAGCAACGGCGCGCCCGUCACCGGAUACGCCGUCUACGCCGACGGCAAGAAGGUCACCGAGCUCGGCUCGCCCACUGGCGACCACGCGCUGAUUGAGCUGAACAACAUCUACGGCUUCCACCCGCGCCAGGUGACCGUGCGCACCAAGUCUCGGGACUUGGUGUCGGCCGACUCAGUGCCCUGCCCGAUCCCGCAGCGCAGCCAGAGGAAGCUGCUAAGCCGGGUGAAAAUGGCUAAAAGUACGGUCAGUUAUGUACUAAGUCUAAUUCCUCUGCGGGCUUUCUCCACGUUCUUUCGAUUUUUUGGGGUCUGGUUACUUUCUGCACCCGGCACUCUGAACUCCACGCUCGGCACGAGGGGAGGAGAGGGCAGGGCUGCAGCCCCUCCAACAAAACUACACCCCUGUUAUUGCUUUAUGCAUUUUUUGUUUGUUUUUUUGUUUUUCUGGCGCGUGUAUCUGGGUGUGGUUUCACUUGAUUUUAUUGUGGUUGCUAAGCGCUCAUUACAUCCUACUAGCAAUCAGAUACCCGUGCUUUUUAAGUUCACUUCCAGUUUUGCUUUGAUUGGUUUCUUACAUUGGGAUCAGUUUGUCGUUGUACACUUGUUUUAUGCUGUUCUUUUUGCAUUUAACCUGACUGACUCGCACUCCGCGCCACAGUAUACAGACUACGAGACCGACGAGCUUUCGGACAUUCCGGAAGAGGCUGAGAACGAUCUGUCGGACGCGGAGGCGCCGAUGGAGCAGCCGCGCUCGAAGGCGCAGCAUGAGGCGCAGCACGAGACGCCGGGCUCCGCGCACUCCUCACCGCUCGCCGGCCGGCGCCGCAUGCCGCCGACGGUGGCGCCGCCGCGCGGCGCGCAGUACAACCAACAGGUGUUGGAGACCGAGGACAACCUGAGCGACAAAGAGGUCUACCCUAGCGGCUACAUGUCCAUACCGCAGAUCGAGAUCACCAAGGACUCGGCGAGCGAGGGCCGCUGCUCGGUGGAGUUCAGCGAGGAGGAUAGCGACCAGCGGGGCCUGCGGGGCCGGCGGCGACCUCCCGCGGAGCGAGCCCGGCAGCCGCCGCCAGAGCCGGGCAGGGAGCCGCGCCCGUCGCCCCGGCACCGGCCCGACAACUACCGCAACCAGGCCAACUACGCUGCAGGGUACCGUACCGAGCCCGGGCAGGGCUCGUCGUCGGCAGCGGGGCCGCCCCCGCCGCGCCGCGCCGCCGCCGCCGGCGGAGGACGGGAGGAGCGCAUGCGCAUCUUCGUAGCCCUGUUUGACUACGACCCGCCCACCAUGUCACCAAACCCUGACGCCUGCGAUGAGGAGCUACCCUUCAGAGAAGGCCAGCUCAUCAAGAUAUAUGGCGACAAGGACGGCGACGGCUUCUACUGGGGCGAGGCGUCGGGCCGCGCCGGUUACGUGCCCUGCAAUAUGGUGUCCGAGGUGCAGGUGGACGACGAGCGUUUGGCUCAAGAGCUGCUGAAGGAGGAGGACCGGCCGCCAGCUCGGUCCCGUGCCGGCGGCGGCCAGGGCGGCGGCGGCGGCGGCGGCGGCGGAGCCCGCUCGCGCGGCCAGGAGGACCGCUGGGGCGAUAUCUACUCCAGCACGCCCGUCCGGAGGAUGGUGGCGCUGUACGACUACGACCCGCAGGAGCUGUCGCCCAACGUCGACGCGGAGGUGGAGCUGUCUUUCAGAACCGGUGAUAUUAUCCACAUAUACGGCGACAUGGACGACGACGGCUUUUACAUAGGCGAGGUGAACGGCGUGCGGGGCCUGGUGCCCUCCAACUUCCUCACCGAAACGCCGCAGAACUACGAGCGUCGGCGCGGCCCGGAGCCGGCCGGGCCGCCGCUGCCCCCGCGCGACAAGGGUGACUCCAGGGAUCGCCGGAAAGGUUUAGGUGGCCUGUUGGGCUUCAUGACGGCCGGCCCGAGGAGCGAGAGCGAGCCGACGAGCGCGACCACUCCCUCCGACGCCGCCAGCGCUGGUAGGCGGCUGCUGAACGGGGCUCCGCCGCCGCUGGCCGCCGCCGAUGCCAAGCCGUCGCUGCUGGGCGGCCUGAGCAGCCCGGGCGGCUUCAUCAAGGGUCUGGGCGGCGGCCUAACGGCGGCCAAGGCCCCCAGCUUCGUUAUCCCGAGCGGCGCGGCGGCCGGUCGACCUCAUCUCCCCUGUCCGCGCCCGACUCGCACCGCACACCCCGGCCACGCCCGCUACCAGCUUCUCGUGCAAACCGCGUACUUCACUCGUGUCUCUUUACUCUGCCUCGAGCCAACCGUGCCAACCCUCGUGUUCGUCUGA